AUUUAUAUUAUAUUUUAAUAAUUAAAUUAAACAAGUUUAACAAAAUAUGUGGAAUUAAAUGUCUCUAGCAUCAUGUGUGGAUUGACUUUUUUGUUUUUGUUCAGUUUAGACAACUACAACCUUUGUUGAUUAUUAACGCCAACCCGUGACCAGCCUUACUUCACUGAUCUUCUCACAAGUCAUAGCUAUUAGUCUCAAGUUUCAUUGGGUCAAAAUCCCAAUGACAGACAUGGUGACGGCCUUUACGGCUUUACUUCAAACGAUAGCCUCAGGCGGCCGACGAGGAUGAGGCUAGCACUGGCUGCAUAAUCGAUAUCUCUGAGGGUGACCUAUUCAUAAAUGGAACCCAAUCAGGGUUAAUGACUGAGAGAACCGCAGGUCAGUCAAGCAUAUUUCAUCCAAGUGAACACUACUUUACAUGGACCGUCGAUGCUCUAACAGCUCCUUCAAGCACGUCCUUCCGCACUGCACGGGACGGUAGGUAGUGUGUUCCGCUACCAGCUGAAGUCACCCCAUAAACUUAAUUAACUAAACAUUUUUAC